AUGUCUGUUCAUAUCUAUCUAGCUAUCUAUUUAUAUAUCUAUCAGUCUGCUCAUAUCUAUUUCAUUCUGUUCAUAUCUAUCUAUCUAUUACAGUCUGUUAAUAUCUAUCAUAGUCUGUUAAUAUCCUAUCUAUCUAUCCAUCUAUCUGUCUGUCUGUCUAUCUAUCACAGUUCUAUCUAUCUAUCUAUCUAUCUAUCUAUCUAUCUAUCUCUCUAUCUAUUACAGUCUGUUAAUAUCUAUCAUAGUCUGUUAAUAUCUAUCUAUUCUGUUAAUAUCUAUCUAUCUAUCCAUCUAUUUGUCUAUCUAUCUAUCUAUCUAUCUAUCUAUCUAUCUAUCUAUCUAUCUAUCUAUCUAUCACAGUCUGUUAAUAUCUAUCUAUCAAUCUCUGUCAGCAGUAAAAUAAUCCCGGACACAUCACCGUUAUUAAAUGGAAUUUGUCCUCCCCCAUCUCUCUCUCUCUCCUAUCUAUCUAUCUAUCUAUCUAUCUAUCUAUCUAUCUAUCUAUCUAUCUAUAUAUCACACAAAUCCAACCUGGGCGCUCGCCAAAACAGUUUAUCUCACAGCCAAGCGGAAAAGAAAGAAGAGUUAUUCCUUCUUUUAGAAUUACAAUUCUUAAUUCUGGCGGCUUUCACAGACUCCAGCACGUUUCAAUCUGAAGCAUCGAAAGAAAAUGCAACUCACUCAGUCAGCAGAGCAUUCAUAAUCCAUCUGUCUGUUCUUAGAAGUGUUUUUGUAUGUUCCUUUCUGUUAUGCAAGAGAAAAAAAGAAUGA